CGCCGAGGCGGGGACGGGGACGGGCGGAGCGGCCGCAGCGCCUCCCGCCCGCCCAGGGCUCCCCGCCCGGGAGCGGUUCCGGGUCGCGGAGGCAGGCUCUGCGGCGGCAUCGGAGACCGGGGACCGGCGGCGACAUGAGGUUCCGCUUCUGCGGGGACCUGGACUGCCCCGACUGGGUCCUGGCCGAGAUCAGCACCCUGGCCAAAAUCUCCUCGGUGAAGCUGAAGCUGAUCUGCGCCCAGGUGCUGCGGGACCUGCUGGGGGAGGCCAUCGAGUAUGAGAAGAUCCUGAAGCUGACCUCGGAUGCCAAGUUAGAGUCGGGAGACGUGAAGGCGACCAUCGCCGUCCUCGGCUUCAUCCUCUCCAGCGCCGCCAAGCACAACGUGGACAGCGAGUCCCUGUCGAGCGAGCUGCAGCAGCUGGGGCUGCCCAAAGAGCACGCCAGCGGGUUGUGCCGGUCCUAUGAGGAGAAGCAGAGCUCCCUCCAGGACAGCCUCAGGGCCUGCAGCCUGAGACUGAGCCAGCUGGGCUCGGUGUGCUGGCGGGUGGAUUACACCCUCAGCUCCAGCGAGCUGCGGGAGGUCAACGAGCCCCUCGUGCACCUGACCUUCAACGUGCGGGACGGGGAGCGCGGGAGGACGGCGGCCGUCCCCGUGGCCCUGUCGGCUGACAAGUUCCGGGUGCUGCUGGCAGAGCUGAAGCAGGCCCAGGCCCUGAUGAACACCCUUCUCUGAGGAGCUGGGAGAAGGAGCAGCGGCGCUGGAUCGCGGGGCCGGACCCGGUGUGCCCGACUGGGCCCCGGCAUUGUCCGGCUGGGGAGGGGGACGCCGGGGGCAGCUUUCCCUGCCCUCCUGCCCGCACCUGCCGGGCCCCCGGCAGCAGGCGAGGCUGCUGGGGUCCCGCGGUGAGGCUGUGCCCCGGGGGAAGCUCCAAUAAAGGUAACGGUGACCAUGC